CAAAACUCGUCUUGCAGUGUGACACUGUUACUGCUGCUCCUUGUACUUACUUGCUGCUCUAUGAGAUAAUCUGUUGUUAAUUUGGCCGUGAUGGAAGCUGGUCAAGAGAAUACAGGAGUACAGGAGCUGGCGCCCGAGGACGUCGGGGCUGCCGAGGAGACCCAAGCUUUUGAAGAUACUCCUGCUGAGGGGGAUGCUGUGCCCGUUGAAGAAAUCAAACCCAAUGAUUCAGAAACCAUAAAGUCGGAUGAAACCAAAACCGCCGAUUCAGAAACCAUAAAAUCGGAUGAAUCCAAAACCGCCGAUUCAGAAACCACAAAGUUGGAAGAAACCAAACCCGCAGACAAUGACACCACAAAACCAGAGGAACUGAAAGCUGCUUUAAGCGAAGUCACCCAAACAACAAGAACAAGAAACACAUAUGCCUCUCUUCCUCUUCGAAAUAUUGACGACGAUGUUAGUUCCGAAGACAGUUUCGAGCUAAUAAGCAGUUCUACUUCGUCAGACACCGAGUAUGUAACCCAUGCUGAUGCCAUCGAAGAAAGUGAAAUACUCGAAGCUGGCGAAGAUGAACGUGAGUUCUUAAAGUGUUGCGAUGAAAGCGAAAGAUUACUCAACCGUGCUGCCCAGAUAUUGCAUGGCGAUGAGUCCAACGCAAUGGAUGACUUCGUUGUUUUCGGUGAAGACGGUACGAAUUUCAGGGAAUCUAUUCACGAGAUCUUGAAUUCACAUCAGGAUUUCUUGGACUCCCAAUCUGGAAUGCAAGCUGGUAUGCCAUCACCAGCACAUCUGUCCCUGAAUUCUAGCUUUAGCGUGGCAAGUUCAACCUCCACUACCGGCGCCACGGAUGGUAAAGCAGGAACUUCCAACUCUGAUGGUCUGAGUGACGUAGCGUUGCAUGGCAGUUCGAGUGAAGCCAUGUCGUCAUCCUCUGAAACUGAAAUGGAGUCCUCCACAUCAUGUGGAGGAGAAGAAUUUGCGGAAUUUGAGCGGUUGGGUGGAGAUUUCACCUAUUAUACCACGGAACCUGCUGGAUCAGAUGGUUCAUGUAAUUCAUUGAUUCCCCAUGAAUGUGUCGAAAGAGCUUCAGGUAAAUCUGAAGUACCAGGUACAGCUGUUGUUCAGGAGGCGGCAGCUGAGAUUAGUAAAUCGGAAAAUGAAGGAUAUCUGUCAACUAACGAAUUACAAUUAAAUAUGGUGGAAAGUAAUUUAGAAGCUAUUGGUAAUAAUGGAUUUAUUGGAGAGUCAGAUAGCAGGUCUUGCUCCGAUGACGACAGCCACACCGAUUCUUCGCUCAAAACUGAAGAGAAAAACCACGAAUGCGAAGAACCAAAUGUGUCCUCUAAGCAGAAUUUAGUUGAACAAUUCAAAUUUGAACAAUUUAUGAGAGGAUUAAUAUUUGGUUCAAUUCCUGAAGACACACCCGUUCUUCCCGAGAACACAGCGGAUGACACACCCGUUCUUCCCGAGAACACAACCGAAGAGGCACCCGUUCUUCCCGAGAACACAACCGAAGAGGCACCCGUUCUUCCCGAGAACACAUCCGAAGACACACCCGUUCUUCCCGUGAACUCAAUCGAAGAGGCACCCGUUCUUCCCGAGAACACAUCCGAAGACACACCCGUUCUUCCCGAGAACACAACCGAAGAGGCACCCGUUCUUCCCGAGAACACAUCCGAAGAGGCACCCGUUCUUCCCGAGAACACAUCCGAAGACACACCCGUUCUUCCCGUGAACUCAAUCGAAGAGGGAUCAGUUGUUCCAGGGAACAUUACCGUAGAGGCGGCUGUUAUUCUUGCGAACACAACCGAUGAGGCUGCGUGUGUCAGUGAGACACACGCAGCUACAAAAGCUGGACCCAACGUUCAUGAAGAAGAAUGUAAAAUUCAUGUUCAAUGCGAAACAGCUCACGAACAAAAACCUGAAAUUACUGUUCUGGAACAGAAAACUAAAACCAGCAACGCGCAAAUGCCUCGACCUGAAACAUUCAAGCAACGACGAUCUGAACAUGAAACAAACAUUCGAAGAUCAGAACCUGAAGCAAGCGUACGAAGAUCCGAACCUGAAGCAAGCGUACGAAGAUCAGAACCUGCAACCAAUGUACAAGAAGUGAGAAUUAGCACCAACGUACGAAGAUCAGAACCUGCAACCAAUGCACAAGAAGUGAGAAAUAGAACCAACGUACGAAGAUCAGAACCUAAAACUAGCGAACGAAGAUCAGAAAAUAAAACCAGCGCGCUUGGAGAACAUACGGAGCACAGAGGACCAAGAACUGAAAAUAACGAUACCAGAAGUAACGAAUCUCCAGGAGGAUAUUCUGCUUCAUCAUCAGCCUUAAGGACAUGUUCUAUCCCUUUGACUUUCAAGGGAGAUAAAAUGCCAUCAAUGCCUUUGAAACUCUCCGACGCCGAAGCGUUAAUGGUUGAGCAAUCGCUGGAUGACCUCGACAACUCUCAGGGCUAUGUACAAAACGAGGCUGGAGGACCGUUGAUGUACUUUAAAAUUAAUGUACAGAAGAAGUACUGGGACGAAGGUCCACAAGACUCGUGGCAAGGAUAUUCGCAAUACGAAGACUGGGUCCUAGACCCGGAGAUGCCAGAAGCAGCGGCCGAGGCCCCGCGUGUCUCCGACAGAAGUUCGCGGACGUCUUCGAAGAAAGCCGCAGCGUCCGCUCACACCACCGGGAAAACUAAGAGUCGCAAACGUUUCUUGGCAGAUCCGUACGAGCUUCCGCCCGGCGACUGGCGCAUGCUGUACGUCGUGCUGUCCGUUCUUGCCCUCGCUCUGGGCAUGUAUGUUGGAGGUUCUCUGCUCGAGAUAACGUCCGAGGAAGGUUCGUUUUUGGAUAGAAAACCACCCACCGUCUUCCAAAAAGCUGAUGGCCGCACCAUCGAAGAGGUAACGGAACUACUCUGGAACGAAAAUGUGGUCUUGAGAGAUGGCCUUGUCAGCCUUCAAGAAAUCAACAUCGACCCCAUAAACAUCUACGGCAAAGAAGGCGCUCGAGCGCGCGAGUUGCGGCAGGCCGUGCAGCACGUCAUCGCUGAUAACGAGGACCUGCGGUUGUCGGUCGGCCGCCUCUGGCUCGACGAAAACGCGCCCACCGCCGUACAAACGGCGGCUUUCACUGACGCUAUCCUGGAGAACCAUCGACUCCGAACCCAGACUCAAAAACUCAGGCACCUGGGAGCUCACGUGCCUGACCUCCAGAACUCCCUGGCUGAGCUCAGGCAGGAGAACGACGACCUCAAAAUAGCUUACGCUGACUACAAGUACAGGAGGGUGGCGCUGCCGCGGGAGCUGGAGGCCGUGUCGCGGGAGGUGGAAGGCCUCGUGCUGCAGGUCAACGAUGCAAGUCUUAAGAGCAACCCUCCACCCAACCUCUACAACGCCAGGAACUACGUCACUUUCAUGGGACAAGUGCUGUCCUCGAUGGCGUCGCUGCAUCAGUUCGGCGAGGCGAGCGCCUUCGGGAAGCUGGACAUCGCAGCCGACGUCUUCACAGAGAUUGCGCCUAAAGCCUCCAGCAUCCCGCCUGCGGUCGAGCAAAAGCUGCGUCAGGGCCGAGCGAAAUUCGAGGACCUGAAGCAAGCGCUCGCUAUGAAGUGGAGUCAGCUGAAGCUACUGAGCGAGCCUGAGAACCUGAAGGCAGUGGGCCGCGAGACCCUGACGAAGAUGAACCGAGUGCUGGUGAACGUCGUCACUAAACUGAAGGACAUCGCGCAUACGGCGCUGCUCAAGCGCGGCCAAACUUCCGUGGACAAAACGGCCACGGCUUUGUCGGAUAAACUUACUUCGCUGGACUCGCAUUUCGCCAAGACUUGGACUCAGCUCGAGGACGAAAUCGAUCUGACCGCCAUCGACGCAAGUCUGGCCGAGGAGAUGAUGGCGGACGAUGUAGAAAUUACGGUGGAUGAAAAUGCAGUGGAUGGAAGUGCGGUGGAUGAAGUGUCGGUGAUUGCCGUGGAUGAAAAAGAUUCAGCCAAUGCCACGGAGGCCGCCCAUGUGGAUGAUACUCAGUCCGGAAAUAUGGAUGUGGAUCAGAGAACUGUUUCCGUAAAUGCAAAGCACGGGAAAGGAGAAGAACAGAAAAAGAAAAAGGAUGAAAAAAAUCGCGAAAGUAUCAGCAAAAAAGAGCAUAAGGAAACUGUGAAAAAAGUACAUAAAACAGAUAAAAUCGAAGAGAAAAAAGGAAAUAGUGAGAAGAAAUUAGACAAAUCAGGCAAAGAAGACGGCAAGAAUCGACCUGCUGAGCGCAAAAAGUCUAAAGAAAAAAUAGGAAAAGCAGAAAAGAAUCGGAAGUCUGAAGAUAAAAACAGCCAAAAAGAUCUCAAGGGAAAACAAAAAGAAACCAAGAAAUCAGUGGGGAAAAAAUCAAGCGCGAAACCUGUUCCGGAAAGCAAAUAUUUCAAAGGCCAUUACAACAAGAAUAAGACUGCAAGCAAGCGUCACCCAUCGAAAAAUCGCUUGAAGAACAAACGAAGAAGUAAAAAUGACGAAGACGAUGAUGACGAUGAUGAAGAAGACGAUGAUGAAGAAGACGACGAUGAUGAUGAUGAUGAAAAAUCAUUCAAGAAGAAGCCUAGCAGCCUUGUACGUCACUGGGAGCGUCCGUCUAAGCGUCAUCUUCGAAAUGAAUCAAAUUCGUCGAAACAAUUCAUCCGUCGCAAGGGUGAGGUUGGGGGUGAGAACCCCACAGGGUUGAACAUGCGGGGUUUGGCGAGUGGGAAAGAGGGAUUAAAGGGUGGAAAAGAGGGAUCGCUUGGAGAGAAAUCGGGAUCAGUGAGUGAGGGGAAAAAAUUGGUGAGCGAGAAAGAGAGAUCUAGAAACGAAAAAGAUGCAUUGGGGAGUGCAAAAAGGGGAACAGUGAAAGGAAUAGAGGGAUCGGUGAAGGGAAAAGAGGGAUCAGUUAAAGGAAAAGAGAAAUCGGUGAAAGAAAAAGAGGGAUCAUUGAAAGGAAUAGAGAUAUCGGCAAUCAGUAAUGAUGUAUCACUGCCUGAGAAAGAAGAUAAGAAUGACUGGAGAUCGUUGAGGUCACAAGAAAGGUCCAAACGGCGGCUCGAGAGUGGCAAGUCUGACUGGCUUUUCGACCGGGCCAAAGACCGAAACGAGAAGCGGCUUGCGGACCAGCGGUCCGACUGGCAUUUCGAUAGGGCGAGUCUUAGGAAACGUUUACGGGACGCACAAAAACUACUUAAGCGUAAACAACAGGAAAAACGUAAACUUAAAACAGGGUUCAAUGACACUUGGCGUACGUUAAAACGGUCUGCUCAUCGACGUGAUGAUGACGAUGAUGAUGAUGACGAUGAUGAUGAUGAUGACUAUGAUUAUUAUGGACGGAAUUCAAAAUUUGUGAAGCGGCAUAACGUGGCCCACACAAUCGGCCGCAGGGCAGCAUGGAAGAGCAGAUGAUUAGCAUUAUAGUCCAGUUUGCGUUCUCGCCAUCCGCACUAAUUCAAAAAUUAGAUCAGUACUCGCUGCAGUGAGUGACAGAGAGCGC